AUGGGAAACGUGUUCUCAGUCUCAAUCUCUACCAAGGACAUCGCUGGUUGUUGUGAUUGCACUGCUGCUCGAGCAAAUUACAUAUGCAGGCUUGCAGAAAAUCGGGUUACUUUGAGAACAGAGCUUCAAAAAUUAAGGGAGCUGAAGAACGAUGUGAAUAGGAAGGUGGAUGUGGCUGAGAGACAACAAAUGAAGCGUCUGGAUCAAGUACAAGGCUGGCUUUCCAGGGUGGAAGCCAUGGAAACUGAAGUCGGUCAACUGAUUGGAGAUGGAGCGGAGACCAUUGAGGAGAAACGAUUACGUGGUUGUUGCCAUCCCAAGCAUUGCAUCUCCAGCUACACGUUGGGAAAAAAGGUUGUCAGGAAGCUACAAGAUAUGGCUACUCUAAUGAGCGAAGGACGUAAUUUUGAGGUGGUGGCUGAUAUUGUACCUCCAGCUCCUGUGGAGGAAAUACCCGGCCGACCCACUGUGGCUUGGAAUCAACAUUUGACAAAGUUUGGAGGAGUCCCGAAGAAGAACAUGGCGGGUUCAAAACGAGAUUUGGGAGAAGUGGGAUUCUGUGAUGAUAGAUGGAAAAGCAAAAGCCGCCAUGAGAAAGCCAAAGACAUCUGGAGAGCCUUGAGCAAAAAGAGGUUUGUGAUGUUGUUGGAUGACAUGUGGGAGCAAAUGGAUCUGUUAGAAGUGGGAAUUCCACCUCCUGACCAACAAAAUAAGUCCAAGCUGAUAUUCACCACUCGAUCUCAGGACUUGUGCGGGCAAAUGGGAGCUCACAAGAAGAUCCAAGAUGCCCUUAAUUCUGAUCCAGAAAUAUCUGAGCUGGCUGAAAUGGUUGCAAAAGAGUGUUGCGGUUUGCCACUGGCGAUAAUUACCGUAGGGCGAGCCAUGGCUUCUAAAGUGACACCCCAAGAUUGGAAGCAUGCAAUUAGAGUACUACAAACAUGUGCUUCAAAUUUUCCAGAAGAUUUUUUCAUACUUAAGGAGCGUUUGAUACAUCAAUGGAAUUGUGAUGGAUUUUUAGAUGAAUUUGAUGACACGGAUGGAUCCAGAAAUGAGGGAUUCAAUAUUAUCAGUACUCUUGUUCAUGCAUGUCUACUUGAGGAAUCUUCAAAUACUAGAUUUGUAAAAUUUCAUGAUGUUGUACGUGAUAUGGCCUUGUGGAUAACCAGUGAAAUGGGGGAGAUGAAGGGCAAGUUUUUGGUACAAACAAGUGCCGGUUUGACCCAAGCACCUGACUUUGUGAAAUGGAUGACAACGGAAAGGAUUUCAUUGAUGAACAACCGAAUUGAGAAGCUAACAGGAUCACCCACUUGUCCCAAUCUCUCGGUACUUCUUCUAGAUUUGAAUAGUGAUUUGCAGAUGAUAAGCAAUGGUUUUUUCCGAUUUAUGCCCAAUCUAAGAGUGUUGAGCUUAUCAAACACCAAAAUAGUUGAAUUACCAUCAGAUAUUUCUAAUUUGGUUUCAUUGCAAUAUCUUGAUUUAUCUCAUACAGAGAUAAAGAAGUUGCCAAUUGAGAUGAAGAAUCUUGUACAAUUGAAGACUUUGAGAUUGUGUGCAUCUAAACUCUCUUCAAUUCCACGAGGACUAAUAUCGAGUCUUUUAAUGCUGCAAGGGGUUGGCAUGUUCAAUUGUGGACUUUAUGAUCAAGUAGCUGAAGAAGGCGUUGAAUCAUAUGGCAAUGAGUCCUUGAUAGAGGAAUUGGAGAGUUUGAAAUACUUGACGGAUUUAAGUGUCACCAUAGCAAGUGCCUCUAUGUUUAAGAGAUUUUUAAGUUCCAGAAAGUUACCGAGUUGCACUCUAGGACUCAGCCUCAAGAUGUUCAAAGGUUCAAGCUCACUCAACCUAUCAUCUCUUGAAAAUAUGAAGCAUCUCGCUGGGCUUACGAUGAAAGAUUUGGAUAGUUUGAGAGAGAUUAAGUUUGAUUGGGCAGGGAAAGGAAAGGAAACAGUGGGGUAUAGCAGUCUCAACCCGAAGGUCAAAUGCUUCCAUGGCCUUUGCGAAGUGGUCAUCAAUAGAUGCCAGAUGUUGAAGAAUUUGACAUGGCUUAUUUUUGCCCCAACCUCCUAUAUCUUACAAUAG